AUGGCAGAGCACCACCAUCUAGUGCAUUUACAAGCCGGACUAUUUGAUCCUUCCCAUCAAUUCACAGCGCCCCCAGGCAUAACACUUACUCAAGAACAUUAUUCGAACACAACACCAGACCAACUUCAUGCUCGUCUCCGGGAUGCCACUAUCCUCGUUCUCUGCUAUACACGUAUCAAUGCCGAGGCUCUCUCCGAAGCUGUAUCGCCAAAACUCAAAUUCAUAGCCAUUACUGCCGUUGGGACAGAUAGCGUGGACUUGGAAACCUGUCGCAGACGCGGAAUUCGAGUCAGUAAUUGCCCAGGAUCUAAUGUGGAAUCGGUAUCGAAUCAUGUCAUGGCUUUGUAUUUUGCUGCAAGAAGGAAUGUCGUGCGCAUGGACCGUGCCACUAAAGAUGGCACUUGGCUUAAAGUCGGUUCAAUGUUGUCAAAUAGAAUGGCGGACAGAGAUGGAGACUGGUGUUUGACAUGUGAGGAAGAGGUUAUGGGUAUCUUAGGUUACGGAUAUGUGGGAAAGAGAGUAGCAAAGAUGGCACAAGCUCUCGGAAUGAAGGUUUUGAUCGCCGGUCGAAAGGGAGAGGACAGUCCUUCUACCAGCAACGACACCGAUAUACAGCGAAUACCGUUUGACGAAGUUCUCCAAAAGAGCACCGUUCUGGUAAUUGCUGUCCCUCGAAUUCCGGAAACCAUGAACAUGAUAUCAACCGCCGAGUUUGCGAAGAUAUCACAUAAAGCAGUUCUAAUCAAUGUUUCUCGUGGAGGAAUCGUUGACGAGGUUGCACUUUUGCAAGCGCUCAAGUACCGGAGUAUACAUGGCGCUGCAACGGAUGUCUUUGCUAUCGAACCAGCGUCAGUGAAAACGUCACCUUUACUGGCAGAAGGCGUAGAAGAGCUGAAUUUGACGACGAGUCCUCAUGUAGCAUGGUGCGCAGAUAGGACGGCGAAGAAUUAUGCGAGGAUGUCGCCUGAGAAUGUGAUGAAUUUUCUUCUCGGCCAAGGACGUUUCCCAGAGACAUACCCCGGUGGUACUUAA